UCGACACGAGCGCGGCUAUCUUCCGACCUUCAUCGCGGAGAUCGCGUCGAGGCGACGACGCCCUGAGACGAGCAAGCCCGGCCUCCUCUACCAGUCCACCACCGGCCCAUGGCGUCGGACCAAGCGCGUGACCCAGCGAGGCGCGCUCCGCCGAUCCGAGCGCACUCGGACUCGUCCGAGUCGUCCAGCGCACAGCGGAGGCGCGCGCGCCUCGGCAGUGCCCGACUCACCGCCACGCCGUCGCCGUUCCACAACCUGCUGACGGCCCGUCAGCGCCGACGCACGUUCAGCGGCACGUCGGGCGAGUUCAACGAGCUGCUGAACCUGGAGAGCAGCACCGCCAAGUCCGUCGAGGUGUUCCGCGGCGAGGCCCGCGGCAUCCUGCACGGCAUCUUCUUCGUGCUGCUGCUGCGCUUCGUGCUGGCGCUCGUGGUCACAGUGGGCACGCUAGGAGUGGCCGCUGUGCUGAUCCUCAUGGUCAAAGAGCCCGGCGCGUCCUUCACGAGCUACUUGCUCUUCUACUAGUGAGUAGGAGGCGCGGAAAGCUUGACGGGUGGCAGUAUUUAUUCGAGAACCGCUUCGGUGUCUCAAGGCUCAACUGCGUGGGCAGAGCGGGGUAGCUACGAUCUUUUGUUAAUAAAGCAAUUCGGCUGCUUUGAUGGGUUUC